AUGGCCAAGCUCAUUGUGGGUGCCCUGCUUCUCUCUGUUCUUACAGGAGGUGUAGCCCAAUUAGACAUGAAGGGGAAGGCAUUUAUUUUCCCUCAAGAAUCGGCCACUGCCUAUGUGUCCCUGAUCCCGCAGGUGAAGAAGUCACUGCAGAACUUCACCUUGUGUCUGAAGGCCUUCACUGACCUCACCCGCCCUUACAGCCUCUUCUCCUACAAUACAAAGACCAAGGACAAUGAGAUUCUUCUCUUUGUGGAGAAAGUGGGAGAGUACAUGUUCUAUGUUGGGAAUUGGGGAGUCAUUUUCAAAGCACCCCUAAAUCCCUAUGCCCCAAUCCAUAUCUGUGUGAGCUGGGAGUCUGCCUCUGGGAUUGCAGAACUCUGGCUAAAUGGAAAGCCUUUGGGAAGAAAGGGCUUGAAGAAGGGGUACACUGUGGGUGGUGAGGCAAAGAUUAUCAUAGGACAAGAGCAGGAUUCCUUUGGGGGACGUUUUGAUAUAAAACAAUCCUUUGUUGGGGAUAUUUGGGAGGUGGCCAUGUGGGACCAUGUGGUCCCCCUAAAAAUGAUGGAUGACGGGUGUCGCAGUGGCAACCUUAUAAAUUGGCAAUCUCUUAUUUUUGAAGACAAUGGCUAUGUGGUGACUAAACCCAAACUGUGGGAUUAA